AUUGGGAUUUGGGAUUUUUCAUUUCGAAGCUCUCUCUUCACAUUCACAAAAGUAGCACCAAAGUGUUUGGAUCAUAUUCGCCACUCCGUCACCCAAUCUCGGGGACUGGAAACCACGAAACCAUUCUAUCUUCCAGUUGCGCACUUCAGGCGUAAACUGACAUUAGAAUUAUGGAUUGGCUUAAAGGAUCUGCAAGGCUCAUGAUAGUUUCAGAUCUCGACCAUACAAUGGUUGACCAUCAUGAUUCCGAGAACCUGUCUCUGCUUAGGUUCAAUGCAUUGUGGGAAGCAUAUUAUCGUUAUGAUUCUCUGCUUGUAUUCUCAACUGGAAGGUCCCCUACACUUUACAAGCAGCUAAGGAAGGAGAAGCCAAUGCUAACCCCAGAUAUAACCAUAAUGUCUGUGGGAACUGAGAUAACAUAUGGCAAUUCAAUGGUGCCUGAUGAAGGUUGGGUUGAAUUCUUAAACCAGAAAUGGGAUAGGACCAUAGUUAUGGAGGAAACCAGAAAAUUUUCUGAACUUACUCUCCAGGCAGAAACAGAGCAACGGCCACACAAGGUCAGCUUCUACGUUCAGAAAGAAAAGGCUCAGGAAGUAAUGAAAGCUCUGUCUGCCCAGUUGGAAAAACGAGGGUUGGAUGUUAAAAUAAUUUACAGUGGAGGGAUGGAUUUGGAUAUAUUGCCACAAGGUGCUGGCAAAGGCCAAGCCCUUGCUUAUUUGCACAAAAAAUUCAAGACAGAGGGGAAGUUACCCAAAAACACUCUUGUUUGUGGCGAUUCUGGCAAUGAUGCCGAAUUAUUCAGCAUUCCAGAAGUAUAUGGUGUAAUGGUAAGUAAUGCCCAGGAAGAAUUGUUGCAGUGGCAUGCUGAAAAUGCCAAGGAUAACCCUAAAGUAAUCCAUGCAACUGAGAGGUGUGCAGCAGGCAUCAUACAAGCCAUUGGACAUUUUAACCUUGGCGCAAGCACAUCUCCAAGAGAUGUUUCACACUCCUUGAACUCUGUUUCUGAAAACAGUGGACCUGGACAUGAAAUAGUAAAAUUCUUCUUGUUUCUUGAGAGAUGGAGGCGUGGAGAAAUGGAAUUUUCAGAGGCCUAUUUGUCCGGUCUGAAAGCACACAGCCUGCCAUCCUUUGUGUUUGUUCAUCCAUCUGGCAUUGAGCAAUCUAUUCCUGACUUCACAAAUGCAUGGAGAAGGUCCUAUGGGGAUAAACAAGGGAAGGAAUAUCGAGUAUGGGUUGAUCAGGCUUUACCUACAGAGAUUGGCCCAGACAUAUGGCUACUGAAGUUCUCUAAGUGGGAGUUAUCAGGUCAAGAACGACGCGGUAGCAUAGCCACAGCUUUACUGAGUUCAAAGGAUCAUAGUCCUUCGGAAGGGUUUUCAUGGGUGCACCUGCAUCAGACCGGGUUGGAUGAAGCCGGAGCAAGCCAUUAUUAUGCCGACUGGCUCUGUUAGAUCUCGAGCAUCAUCAGGCUACAGCGCGGAAUAAUGCCAUCAGUUUUCGUCAUAACCAUUCUCUUUACAGUUGACAUACACACUGUGUCACAAACUCAGUUUAAGAUGAUUUGAUUUGUCACAACAUACCUAUGAUUAUGGGGCGGAUCCAUGGCAAGCUCCCUGCUAGUGCUGCCUCUCUCAUUUGGCUUUGCUUAUACACUGGUUUUUCAUCCAGCCUAUACGGGAUCAUGAGAUCCAUCAUCUAACAGUUCUUCUGAAUAGAUUAAAUAAGACCCUUUGCUGUCGCCUUAUGGUCUAUA